AAAUAUUAAUCAAGUAAAAAUAUUUGCAUAAAAAUAUUUUUCUAAAAUAUUUUUAAUACUUGAGCGUUUUAAUGAAAAACUUUAUCAAAUAUAAAUAAUUUGAUGUUUGAUUUUUUUUUGAAGACAUAAAUAGUAACUUAUCGUACUGGUUUAGUUUAAACAAUAAAUAUUCAUAAAAAAAUAUACCGUAUAUGCGGGCAAAAUACCUACUUAUCAUGUUUAAUACAUGGUUUAAUAUUAAUUUUUUUACUGUCAUAUUUUGCAGUUAUGUUACUUAGCAAUAUUUUACUUUGGUUUAUUAUUUUUAAAAUAGAAAAUUACUAUUAAAAUAAAAUAUAUAUUUAUAAAAACAUUUUCUAAUUAUUUUGGUUUAAGAUUUUUAAAAAAUAUUAUUAAAUAACUAUACUAAUAAGGAAAUAAUUAUUUAUUUUGGAUUAAGAUUUUUCUAAAAAAGAAUUUUUAUUAAAUAGAAAAACUAUCAUUAACUAUAAAUGUUUAAUAUGUGUUUCAAAAAAAAAAUUAUAUAUAUAUAAAUGUGUAAUAAGAAGUUUUUCUUAUUAUAUAAAGCUUUAGUUUUAUAUAAUUAGAAAAACUCAUGUAGGGUUUGGUUUCCUAGUCUUCAACUGUUAUAUUCAAUAUACGUAAAGAUUCUGAGGCGCAAGGCAUAGAAGAGAGAGACAAAAAAACCUAGUUACAGAUUGAAACAAUGACGAAAAUCUCCGAUCUUCCGGUAAAUUUGGUAGAAGAGAUUCUCUCAAAGGUUCCUUUGAAAUAUAUGACAGCAGUGCGAUUAACUUGCAAAGAGUGGGACACAUUAUACAAGAGUCGAAGCUUUUCAAAGAUGCACAUUGAUAAAAUAAGCGCAGGCGAGUCUAUGAUGGUCGUUGUGUUGAUGCGUUACAAUCUAUAUCUCAUGAAUGUUGUUCUCGUCGUUAAUGAAGAUCCACUUAUAGAGUGUAAAGGUCAACUUACUUGUCUAGACAAACAAAAUUAUAAGAUAUCUCAUGUUUUCCACUGCGACGGUUUAUUGUUAUGCGUCUUGAAAGAUGAUUAUACCAAAGUCAUCGUUUGGAAUCCGUAUUGGGGUCAAACAAGGUCGAUAGAAUGUAGAUAUUCUGUCGGACCAAACAGAUGGUUCUGGUUCAGUUACGCUCUAGGGUACGAGGACAAAGGCGGCUCAUCUUGUCGCGCCUACAAGUUCUUGAGGUUUAUAGAUCAGUUUGUUGGCUAUGAAGACAACUUCAUAUGGUACGAGAUUUACGAUUUCGAGUCUAGUUCAUGGAAGACUCUUGAUGUUAUAACUCCACACUGGCGUAUAAACCUUUAUGAGCGUGGCGUUUCUCUCAAGGGAAAUACUUACUGGCUUGCUUCACCAAGGAACUCAUACGAAGGGCUUGACAAUCACAUAAUCUGUUUCGAUUUUACAAGUGAGAGUUUUGGUCCUCUUCUGCGUCUGCCGUUUGACGCUGGUGAUGAUGCCACUGUGACUUUAUCAUGUGUUAAAGAAGAGAAGCUUGUGGUUUUAUUCACUCACUAUGAAUUAGAAGGUCCACUGGAGUUUGAGAUCUGGAUUAGUACUAAGAUUGAGGCCGAAAAGGUGUCGUGGAGCAAGUUCUUGAGAGUGGUGGACGCGGAAUUUGAGCCUCUGAUUUCAUAUGAUUGUUUCUUCAUUGACGAGGAGAAGAAAGUCGCCAUGAGUUUUGAAGAUGCCUACCCCACAAAAUUUGACAUUGUUGGAGAGGCUGGAUACUUUAAGAAGCUGGAACUCGGAGAACGUUUAGGCAGAGACAUAAAGUGGAUGCAACAUGCGUGCUCUUAUGUUCGAAGCCUAGCUGAUAUCAAGCAACAUGCUGCUGCUGGAGGUAAAAGGAAACAACAAAGCGAGUUGGAAAAGCAACGAUAUGAUCAAAACAUGGCGAGACUUGCUGCACUUAAAAAGCUUAGCAGGGCUUGGCAAUUUGAACGAGGAAGGCCAAAAGGAGAAUAAAGGAGAUUAACAUAAGUUUUCACUUUUUAUGUUUUGUUAUUCUUGUUAGAGACCAUAAACUUAUCUUACUAUUUAACAUUUUUCAAUGUUUGUUUCACUUUAAUUGUGAUAUUAAGUAGAAUGAAGUAACACAAAUCAUGAUUUAAUUAUUUUUUGGUCUUAUAUGUUUGUUUCUAGCUAGAAGUCAAUGGAAUUUUUCAAAGCAAGUCAAUAGUGUACUAUACAUAUUGAUUAUACAUACAUCACAAGCAUUUGGGUGACUCACAUUAGUUUGAACGAUAUGAGUAAACAUCAUCAAGAUCUGCUACAUUGGAUCAAACAUACAUCACAAGCGUUUGGGUGGCACGCAUUGGUCUGAAUGAUUUUGAGUAAACAUCAUCGAGAUAUAUAUUAUAUUCAAUGAUGCAAAAGAGAAACUAUAGCUUUAUAUAUCGAACUACGAGAACUACGUACAAUCUUUUAAACUGAUACAAACCCUUGAGCUUGCUUUGUCUUGGUCUUUCAUGGCGUCUUUGAAAUCAAUAUGCUAAAAAUCGGUUUAUAUGGCACAUAGAAUUUCUCUAAUUUCUCUAACUUUGCUCUAUAAUUUACUCUAAAAUGGACUUUAAAAUUAAAAAAAUGCU